UCUUUUCCUGAACUGAGAGAAAGAGAGAGAGAGAAGGAAAGAGAAAGAGAGGGAGAAACUCAGACUAAACUAUCCAACAGUAUCUAAACUUCAAACACACCAGGAGCGUUCAAGUUAAAGGAAAGGCAACAACUUCAAAGCAGCUUCGCGCGCGUGUGUGUGUGUGUGUGUGAGGAGUGUGUGUGUGUGUGUUUGCUGGGACUGGCUCUAUGUCAGUUGGCCGAGAACAAAAGCCUCGAGAGGAGCAUCCAGGAACACAGCAGAGAGGAACCAUCAAAGCAGGUAAUCAUGGCAAUGCGAGGUCAGUCCUCAGGCUCAUUGCUGAGUAAUCACACCAAGGAGAGAGUGACCAUGGCUAAGGUCACCCUGGAGAACUUCUACAGUAACCUCAUCACCCAGCACGAGGAGAGGGAGAUGAGACAGCAGAAGCUGGAGAAAGUGAUGGAGGAGGAGGGGCUUCCUGAUGAAGAGAAGCGAGUGCGGCGUUCUCAGCAUGCGCGGAAGGAGACAGAGUUCCUGCGGUUGAAGAGGACGAGACUCGGGCUGGACGACUUUGAGAGUCUAAAGGUCAUCGGCAGGGGAGCGUUCGGAGAGGUGCGUCUGGUUCAGAAGAAGGACACGGGUCACGUUUACGCCAUGAAGAUUCUGCGCAAAGCAGACAUGCUGGAGAAAGAACAGGUGGGUCAUAUCCGUGCUGAGAGGGAUAUCCUGGUGCAGGCAGACAGUCUGUGGGUGGUGAAGAUGUUCUACAGCUUCCAGGACAAACAAAACCUCUACCUGCUGAUGGAGUUCCUGCCUGGAGGUGAUAUGAUGACGCUGCUGAUGAAGAAGGACACGCUGUCGGAGGAAGAGGCUCAGUUUUAUGUGGCUGAAACUGUUCUGGCCAUCGACUCCAUCCAUCAGCUCGGCUUCAUCCACCGAGACAUCAAACCAGAUAACCUGCUGCUGGACUCCAAGGGCCAUGUUAAGCUGAGUGAUUUUGGUUUGUGUACUGGUCUGAAGAAAGCUCAUCGGACUGAAUUCUACAGAAACCUCAGCCACAACCUGACUAAUGACUUUACCUCUCAAAACAUGAACUCCAAGAGGAAAGCAGAGACCUGGAAGAGGAACAGGAGACAGUUGGCGUUCUCCACUGUGGGAACUCCUGACUACAUCGCUCCAGAGGUGUUCAUGCAGACCGGCUACAACAAGCUUUGUGAUUGGUGGAGCCUCGGGGUCAUCAUGUACGAGAUGCUGAUCGGUUAUCCCCCGUUCUGUUCAGAAACUCCUCAAGAGACGUACAAGAAAGUGAUGAACUGGAAAGAGACGCUGAUCUUCCCCCCUGAGGUUCCAAUCUCCGACCGAGCAAAACACCUCAUCCUCAGGUUUUGCUGUGAAGCAGAUCACCGUAUUGGAGCUUCAGGAGUGGAGGAGAUAAAGAGGAAUCCGUUCUUUGAGGGUGUCGAUUAUGAUCAUAUAAGGGAGAGACCGGCUGCUAUUCCCAUUGAAAUUAAAAGCAUUGAUGACACCUCAAACUUCGACGAGUUCCCAGAGUCAGACAUCUUACAGCCAGCUGCGUCGGCCGUGGUCAGUUCUCACGUGGAGGCGGAGUAUAAGAAUAAGGACUGGGUGUUUGUAAACUACACCUACAAGCGUUUCGAGGGUCUCACAGCGCGGGGGGCCAUUCCGUCCUACAUGAAGGGAGGAAAGAGAUGAGCACAGCGCCCCCUGCCUUCAUCCUGCAUCCUGCAACACACCCUACUUUACCACACAUACACACACUUCACAAAACUAGCCUUAGAGAUAUUUAAUACAGUUAUACCUGCAAAACUAUUACAUUUCAUAAUUAUAUUCUACUUUAGAGGACCUGAAUCAGAGCUGCAACACACACACACACACACACACACACACCUUCACUCAGACCACUCUGCGGCUGUAACGUUCAGACCAGGGAUCGGCAAUAAAGUUUGGAUGCGGGUAUUAGCUCUCCAGCCCAGAGGGUUGUUAAACCCAAUUGCAGAACUGUUGAUCUCAAAGCAGGUAAACCCAGGAAAAAAGGAAUUAAAAAUAAAUAAAUACACCGCUCCUCACGUGGGAUCGAACCAGAGUCGUCAGGGUCGCGAUCCAAAACACUACCGCUGACCCGGCUAGUGAAUUGGGACACGGCCGGAAAACAAACCCCUUAUAAGAAGAUAGGAAGCCCAAGAAUGGGCGGAAAAACGAGAACGGAUAGAAAUUAAAGUCACGCCGAGCGCAACAGAGAGAGACAGGGGAGGGAUGUAAACAAAAGCUCACCAGAGUAGCAGUUUAUUUAUUUAUUUUUUUUCAUUAUCGUUCAGUACAGUUCAAACAACUUCACAGUCCAGAUGUUUAAUGCAGCCUAUUGCCGACCCCUGAUUUAGACCGUAGCCAGCGUAGGCCAAUGAGGAUUGUCGUUAUUGUGACGUAACUAUGAUUUGAUAAAUGCAAGAAAAUGCUGAUAGCGAUGAACUGAAACAGCAGGAUUCUGUAUCAGUUCUUAAACCCAAAUGCUGUAAAACAUUGAACGUUUUUUACUAUUUAAAAAUGUUCUGUAUUGUAGAUUAAUACUAAAGUCAUUCAAACUAUGAAGAAAAGCUAAUUUGAAAAGCUAAAUUGUUUUAUAAAAAACAAAAGUGUUAAUUAAACCAUAAUAUGUUUAUAUUUUACGUGAAGUUCAGUCAAUCCAAAAGUCAAUUUUAAGAAAUUCCAAAGUUUCCUUAAGUGAAAUCACAAAAACGACCAUCAAAAACAUUAUGAUGAUGAAACUGGCACUUAUCAGUAGCACCACAGGAAAGGAUAAAAGGAUAAAAAGCGAGAGUUUCCUCUGUUGUACAGGAUGAGUUUAUCAGAGUUACCAGCCUCAGAAACCACAAGUUAACAAACAGCUCCUCAGAUAAGAGCAUCUAAAUACUUCACAGAGUAUUUUAGUUUGUUUAACACUGUUUUUAAGUUACUACAUGAUUCAUUAUGUGUUCCUUCAUAAUCUGUUAGAUCACUUCACUAUUCAUUUACUAUGUAGGAAUAAAAAUAAUAGUAACACACACACACACACACACACACAUUAUUCGAUCACUCUUUAUGCUGGAUUUUCCCAAAGACGGUUACUGUAGUGCUGAAUGCUAAAGGCAUUAUGCUCUUCUGAAAUUGUAAUAUAUAUUUUUUAUAAUGAGAAUUUUUGCAUUAAGCCUUUUGAGGAUAUUUUUGUAUCUUUUGCUCUGAAGCUCUGAACAAAUAUUCUGCUUCUCAUCCUGAUUGGGCUGUUUGAGCUGUUCCAGCUGUUUGAUUGGUUGAGUUGUUUGAGUUUUUUUGAGCUUUCCAAUCUGUUCCAGCUGUUUGAUUGGUUGAGAGUUUGAGCUGGUUGAUUGGUUGAGUGUUUGAGCUGUUUGAUUGGUUGAGAGUUUGAGCUGUUUGAUUGGUUGAGUGUUUGAGCUGUUUGAUUGGUUUUAUGGUUUAAGCUGUUUGAUUGGUUGAGAGUUUGAGCUGUUUGAUUGGUUGCGUGUUUGGGCUGUUUGAUUGGUUGAGUGUUUGAACUGUUUGAUUGGUUGAGUGUUUGAACUGUUUGAUUGGUUGAGUGUUUGAGCUGUUUGAUUGGUUGAGUAUUUGAACUGUUUGAUUGGUUGAGUGUUUGAGCUGUUUGAUUGGUUGAGUGUUUGAACUGUUUGAUUGGUUGAGAGUUUGAGCUGUUUGAUUGGUUGAGUGUUUGGGCUGUUUGAUUGGUUGCGUGUUUGGGCUGUUUGAUUGGUUGAGUGUUUGAACUGUUUGAUUGGUUGAGUGUUUGAGCUGUUUGAUUGGUUGAGUAUUUGAACUGUUUGAUUGGUUGAGUGUUUGAGCUGUUUGAUUGGUUGAGUGUUUGAACUGUUUGAUUGGUUGAGAGUUUGAGCUGUUUGAUUGGUUGAGUGUUUGAACUGUUUGAUUGGUUGCGUGUUUGGGCUGUUUGAUUGGUUGCGUGUUUGGGCUGUUUGAUUGGUUGAGUGUUUGAACUGUUUGAUUGGUUGCGUGUUUGGGCUGUUUGAUUGGUUGAGUGUUUGAACUGUUUAAUUGGUUGAGUGUUUGAACUGUUUGAUUGGUUGAGUGUUUGAACUGUUUAAUUGGUUGAGUGUUUGAGCUGUUUGAUUGGUUGCGUGUUUGGGCUGUUUGAUUGGUUGAGUGUUUGAACUGUUUGAUUGGUUGAGUGUUUGAACUGCUUGAUUAGUUGAGUAUUUGAACUGUUUGAUUGGUUGAGUGUUUGAACUGUUUAAUUGGUUGAGUGUUUGAGCUGUUUAAUUGGUUGAGCUGUUUGAUUGGUUGAGUGUUUGAACUGUUUAAUUUGUUGAGUGUUUGAGCUGGUUGAUUGGUUGAGAGUUUGAGCUGUUUGAUUGGUUGAGUGUUUGAGCUGUUUGAGUGUUUGAUUGGUUGAGCUGUUUAAUUGGUUGAGCUGUUUGAUUGGUUGAGCUGUUUAAUUGGUUGAGCUGUUUGAUUGGUUGAGCUGUUUAAUUAGUUGAAUGUUCCAGCUGUUUGAUUGGUUCAGUGUUUGAACUGUUUGAUUGGUUGAGUGUUUGAGCUGUUUGAUUGGUUGUAAAAUAUUGAUCUGAUCGGAGAAACCAAAGACACUUAGUGGAUUUUUUGAAGUCCAGAUGUUUCAGUUGUGGAUUAAACACAUAUUUCUGCUUUUUUAUUAUUAUAAUUAUGCUUUCACUCUUUACUCGUUUUCUACAUAUCGACCACAGAAAAGAACCGGACUGAAAUAUUUCUGACGUCGGUUCAUUCUGAAGUUUCUCAGCUUUAUUUAUUGGGUGUGUUUAUGUUUAUGUGUGUGAUUUAGAAGGUACUCUCUGAAUAUGAUGCGGUACAGAGCUUUUUUGUAAUAUUGCUAUUUCAUAUAUAAAGAAGCCUCUCAAGUGGAGGAGGUCAUUUUUAUGUUUAUAUUGUUUUUACUUUCAGUUUCUGUUUUUUUUUCUGUGUGAUUGUUAUUCCUGUAUGUUUUAUAGUUUAUAUCCUGGAUUAUUUCACUUUUUUCAGCUUGUUCUGUUUCUGCUGUAUCUGUAGAGUCCACUAAAUGCACUCAACAUAGGAAACUGAAAGCACUGACUGUGACUGAAAUGGAUCCCUCUUUAGGUUUUAGAGCACUAUUAAGAAUGUUGGCCAUUCACUACUAAUCUAAAUAAACUAAAUAGCCUCGUCCUAUAUAUAAUACAACACCAUUAAAGAAAGAAGGGAUCAGUUUCAGUCGUAGCUGCUUCUGUUAUUAGUGAGUCAUCAUAUUUUUUUUGUUUUUUUUUACAUUCAGUAAAACCUGUUAAAAGACGACCUGUUAUAAAUAAUACAACAUGAAUAAUCUGCAGAUACAGCAGAGAGAGAUCCUGAUAUCCUUUAUCCUUUGUGCGUUCUUGUUUUUCCACACAGAAAUCUGGGAGUGUGUGUGUGUGUGUGUGUGUAAGACCUUUUAUUUUGUUUCUAGGUUUAAUGUAAAUCUAGAAAAUGCGCAGAUGCUUCAGUGGAAGCUGCUAGCUUUGUAAAACCACACAAUAAAAUCUUUCA